AUGCAACAAGAGCAGGACGUCGACUUGUUGCAGCCCCAACCUCCGUGGUCCCAGGUAGGAUCUGGUCCGAUGGGGUGCAAUUUCGACCAGAUUCCCGGCGACCUGGGCGUUACGGGCUCCCAAACGCCAAUCAAUAUCGAUGCCGGUGAGGGUGAAACCCUUCUUGAUAGGAUCUUAGAGGGCAAGGACAGGGAGUGUACCAAGGACCGGAACCCUGCGCUGUGGAUGCGGUCAAUCGAUGGAGACGAGUAUACAGGCCCGUCGUCCGGCAUCUCUACCAUCUCUGACCUCGGAUUGAACUGGGUACGGCAUAAUGUGCCAGACUCGCAAGUUCUCUGCGAAACCAUCCAGGACAUACGAAACGGCGUGCUCAGUCACCUGCGGCAACCCAAAUGCGUCCCGCAAGUUCUGCCACUGGUUGUAUCGGCCCCUUUCAUCUUCCCAGUCCUGGACAGGGCUAAGUUUCUCUCCCAGUUGGAAACAUAUGGAACUAGACAAAGCAUAUCGAAGAACCCGUCAUGGCAGGCCUUGUUGAGUGCGGUGCUAGCAUCCGGCUGUCGAGCUGCACUAUCAGCUGAAACAGCCGAGGCCUUCAAGAAGUCGGGACAGGAAGCUUGGGGUUACUUUCAAAAUGCUCUAUCCUUUGAACCUCGUAUCGCGCAUGGAUCUACAGAUCUCAUGGCAGUUCAGGCCAUUGCCAUCAUGACUAUCUUUGCUCAAGGGCUAUCAGGCCCACAGCGGCUGGAGUACACCUUGAGUUCUAUUGCAGCGCGACUAGCACAGAGCGUGGCGUUGAAUCGUCAUCCAUCUCCACAUUGGAGUCUUAGUGAAGAGGAGCAGAGGGACCACAGCGACAAUUUGCAGCCCCUGAUCAACAGCCAAAUGCACAGUUCCCAGAUCGAGGCUGCAAGGUCAAUGGUACUGCUUACGAAGCAUCUCGACAUUGAGAGCUUCACUCCUGCGUGGCUCGUGUUCUAUUACCCUUUCACCGCCCUCACCACCAUUCUUGUCCACAUCGUAUGCAACCCCCCCGGUGACACAACUCAGAGUGGCAUAGCUCUCAUGGAAACUGUUGUUGGCUUUUUCGGGAGACUUGAAUAUGUCACUUCAGGUGAAGCUGCCUUUACAAAAACGACAGAAUUCGUCCGCCAAGCACGCAACAUACACAGCAGAUACUCCAAAGACAGGGUCCAGGCCAGCCUGCGUGGAUCCAUUCAGGUCCAAGACAACAAUCUCUCAAUAGAGGUGGCCGGACCGUUCUAG